AUGUCAAGACCACUCAAGAGGCUAAAGGUGCGAAAGAAAACAUUCAGCUGCUGGGAGUGCAAACGCCGCAAGAUACGCUGCGAAGUUACGCCGCCAUGCUCUGUGUGUCUGUCCUGUCAGCAACGAGGGCUGUUAUGCGUCAGUCAGGAGUUCGUUGUAGAUAACGAAAGUGCAGGCGAAAGCGAAAGCCGUGGACAGAUGGAGAAUAAUCUUGACCGUGUCGAGACGCUUGUUGACCAGCUGCUACGACAGCGUGGUCAACAGGAACAAAAAAACAAAUCGCCAAAUCGCACAAUGCUACUUAGCGUACCACAGUCAAUCUCCAGCUUCUCUGUGGGAAGGUACCUGUACUCGAUUCUCCCACCGCCAGCGACUACUGCAGUAAUCAUAGAGCAUGGAAAGUUUACCCUGAUGCCCACCCCAACAGGACGGGCGGUGGGUGCUGUGCAGCAGGAGCCACCGCCUCCAUCUGCUCAUCCAGUACAGUUCGCCCGCAGAUUGAUACGACUCGCAAUCUGCUUGCAACAAUCAAAUGGUCAGGUGGACGAAGCUGCACGCUAUAUUGAAAUUGCAUCACAGCAUGUCAUGUCUAAAGACGACUUAAUGAACUCUCUAGAUGGGUUGGAAGCGCUGACUCUGGAAGCAACCUAUCAUAUCAACAACGGAAACCCGCGUGUUGCUUGGCUGAGAUUUCGUCGAGCCCUAGCUAUCGCCCAGCUGUUAGGGCUAGGUGUGACCGAGAUGACGGACCGCGCGGAGGGCAUAUGGUUUCUUCUCCUCAUGGCAGACCGCUACAUGUCGUUGAGAUUAGGACUUCCAUUUGCCGUGGAAGACAACAACUUCUCAGAUCCUCGAGGCGAUGCACUGUCAAAAUUAAAAUACAUUCAUGUCGUGGUCUCAGGGCGUAUAAUCGCACGAAAUCUACGCAUGCAGCGGCAAGGGGAGCCGGAGUACGAUGAGACACUGAAGAUUGACUACUCCUUAAAGCAAGUAGCACGGUCCCUGCCAUCCGAUUGGUGGUCAUUUAGCUCUCUACACGGUCUAGCUGCAGCCGAUGUUCUGGAGAAGACCUCGACACUCUCCGCACAACUAACCCAUCACUACCUCAUAGUGGUCCUCCACCAGCCCUACAUCGUAAAAUCACUUGUCUCUCCUACGACAAACGAACAUGUCUCCUAUAGCAAAUUGGUCGUUUGCUCGGCGAGUCGUGAGGUUCUCUUGCGCUUCCUCGUGAUCCGCAGCUUUCACAGGGGAGGCUCGUAUUUCGGAUUUGAAGAGAAGGCUUGUACGGCCAUGUGUGUAUUACUCCUUGCACAUAUUGACGGAUAUCGACUUGGCCAAGCAAAUUCGCUAGAACACCAGCGACCUCAAGACCUGGCACUUGUCAAUAAUGUUCUUAGCUUAUUGGAAGAGAUGCAUGUGCCAAACUUCGAGGUAGAGAUCCUAAAGAAGUUAGUAGGAAUUGAGGAGCAGGUUGCUGACGGCGCCAACUAUUCGUGGAUGAAGAAAAGUGGUGCCGGCCUUGAACUAACGAUGCCAUAUUUUGGAACAGUAUGCUGGGUGUUGAUGAGCCCUCGGGAACAAGUUAUACACCAAGAAACCUCUCUACCACCGUCAUCAGACACAGCAGGCUUGCUAGACUUUCUAGACAUGUUGGAAGAGUCGCCUCUAUUUGACCAGGCUUAG